UCUACUCUCUCUCUCCCUCUCACACACACUUCCCCUCCUCUUCCUUUUACUUUUUUUCCUUUUGUUGGGUCCCUCAGCCUGCAAACCCAGCAAACUCGGCUGGGUCAUUAUUAAAUCUUCCCCAACCAGCAACUUCCUCAUACCCAUCUCAUUCUCCAUCACCACCACAAGCCCCAUCUCUCUCUCUCUCUCUCUCUCUCUUGUAUUUCUUGGGGCUUUGCAUGGGAGAGGCUGUAGGAGACCCCAAAGUGUGGUUCCCCUCGCAGUUUCUCACUAACGACGACCCACUCAUGGACAAGGAAAACCUCAACAAAAGCGGUGUCAACGCCGGUUUCGCACUGGGUUUCAGUUUUCCCACCGAGUUUCCAUACGAGUUCGAGUCGUUUGGAACCAACUCGUCCCUCAGCUCGCCGGUUGAGUCCGUGGCCGGUUCCACCGAGACCGAGGGCAGCGACGAGGAGGAAUUCUUCGCCGGGUUGACUCGCCGCCUGACUCAGUUCUCGCUUCCCGAGACUCAGAAACUCGCCGUUAAGCCGAGUCUCCCUCAGAACAAACCAGAGUGGGUCAUGGCCGGGUCUCCCCAGUCGACUCUGAGCGGAAUCGGGAGCUGGUCCGGUCGCAGUGCUGUAUCGAGCAAUGGAAGCUCAAAUGGUCCCUCUCAGUUCCCGUCUCCUCCUACGACGCCUUUUGGUGCUAAGAAUGACACCUGGGAUCUCAUAUACGCAGCGGCUGGGCAAGUUGCGAGGCUGAAGAUGUUCAAUGAGUCGCCGAAGUACAACUAUCAGAGCAGAGGACUGCUCGCUCCUCCGAAGACUACAAAUCCAACCUCCGCUGCUAAGACAUGUAGCUAUGGGUUGUAUUCCAACCAGAGUCUCACUCACAAUCUCCCACAAACGACUCAGUUUCAGCAUGUUAGGCAGGACCAGGUGCUAAAUUCACAGCGGGUUCCAGUCUGGGAGAGAAAACAGGAAGCGAAGGAGGGGUGGUCGACUCAGCAGCACCAGCAAGAGCAACAGAUCCAGAACAGGGUGAGAAGUACUACAGGGUACGAGAGUGGAAGAUGUGGAAGGCCUCUGGGUUUGCCCCAAUCUGCAUGGCCUUCACUGCAAGCUCAGCAACAAAAUCAACUCCCUCGCCACAAUGGCUCGGGCACGCGAGCUGUUUUUCUCGGUGGAUCUGGUGUGAAAAGGGAGAGCGCUGGAACUGGAGUAUUCUUGCCCCGCAGAUACAACAGUGCUCCGGAAUGUUGCAAGAAAACAGCUUGUCCGACAGUCAUCGUCCCGGCCAAGGUUGUUCAAGCUCUGAACUUGAAUUUCGAUGACAUGGGCGGUCUCGCUCAGCCUCGCUUCAAUUCUGGGUUUGCCACUGACCACGGUAGGCCAAUUUUUUCGAGAUGCUGUUGUGGCGCGGGCGAAUGCGCUGUUGAUGCAGCAAAGGCGAAGUUUACGGGCGGAGGGGGCAUUAAAUCAUGAGAUACGGCUGCCUCAAGAAUGGACAUAUUGAGGCCUGAAAUGAGUGCUGUGUUUGUUUUGUUGGACACAGAAAGUAGUAUAGAUUGUAGGAGUUUGUGAUAGGAUAUGGUAUUUUGGUUUUAUCAUAAGCAAGGAAUUCGAGAAUGGGAGUGUAGUUUUUGUUGCAAUAAAAAGAUCCAGAUUUUUGAGGAGGUUGCCAGCUUUUUGUGAACUACAAAGCUUUAGGUGAAGAACAGAAGCAGAAGGAAUAGCAGUGCCAGUGGGGAAGGGGGGGAUUGGGGAAGAUUUGUUUCAACUUCCCGGUAAUAAGUGGUGGGUAAUUUCUUUGGUGGGUUUGUGGGUGGCGAAUGUGUAAUUUUGAGGAGGUUUUUACUGUGGGUAAAAUGAGGUUGUAGAUGGGUUGUAUCCACAAACCUCUUGUAAUGAUCGGUUAAAAGUUUAGUAAUAAGAAAAAGCUCUUAGUUCUGUCCAA